AUGAAAUUUUGUGAUUUUGGUUUAAAGAUAGUGGGUACAACUGCUAAGGAGGUUUACUUUGAUCAAAGCUGCACUUAUAGUGUUAUCAUACUUGUCUCUGCCUUACUCUGCAUUGAACGCAUUCUCCAUUGUUCCAACUCCUCUGAGAGACUACACGUGGUGUAUUACUACGUGGCUAACCAUCAUUAUAAUGGUUUGGAAAAUCUAAGGAUUGCUUGGUUCAGAAAGACCAAGAGCUGCUUGAGCGGUUUAUAG